AUUCCACCUUCCCUGCGCUGCGCUGCUCGGUCCAUGUCUGCCGUCUGAGCACCUGGCACUCUUUCUUUUGAUGCGCUUUCCGUCUUUUUGUUCCUUCCCUCCUUCUUGCAUCCAUCAUGUUUUUCUCGUCGCUCCUUGUGGCAGCCUCGCUGCUCCGUACCAUUGCCGCACACCCAUCCAACAAGCCAGCUUCAGGCACCUUUGACCAUGCCCUCCAGAAGCGCGCCGGUCAGGUCAUCACGUCAGGCGCAAACGGCCUGGGCGAUGGCCAAAUCCACUCGCGCCUAGAGAUCCGUGAUCUCGCCAACAGAUCCGACGAAUGGUCCCUUUACAUUCGAACCAUGGCCAAGUGGCAGCAGGUUGCCCAGAGCGACACCACCGGCUACUUUGGCAUUUCCAGCAUUCAUGGCGUGCCUCGCACGAGCUGGGAUGGAGUUGAGCAGUGCGACAGCUGCGGUAGUGCCGACGGUUACUGCACCCACAACUCCGUCCUGUUCCCUGCUUGGCACCGUGCUUACAUGGCACUGUAUGAGCAGGAGCUCUUGAAGGUCGCUGCUGAAGUCGCUUCCUCUUUCUCCGGCGACUUUGGUUCUCGCAUGCAAGCUGCUGCCCAGGUUCUUCGUAUCCCAUACUGGGAUUGGGCCGCCAACCCAGACAACGGCGGCGAUGUGCUUCCACCAGCCAUCAGCGCCCAGCAGCUCACCAUUGCUGGUCCAAAUGGCCAGGAGACCGUCAGCAACCCUCUGUUCGACUACAAGUUCACUAGCUCCAGUGGCAUGUACUACUCGCCUUUCACCGUCUGGGACACCACUCUUCGCUACCCCACCAGCAAUGCGAGGGGUGCUACCAGCCAGGAGCAACAGGCAACUACAGCAUUCAACCAGCUCCGCGAGAACAUUCAGGACCAGGUCUACGGUCUGCUGACCAACUGCGACAACUACCUCCACUUCGCCACCGAUGACUCCAGCUCUUCCACUGGCAAGUGCGCCAACAGCUUGGAGGGCAUCCACAACACCAUCCACACAACCUGCGGUGGUGCUGGUUCUUCCAGCGUUUCCGGCGGCCACAUGACCUACCUUCCCUUGGCAUCCUUCGACCCAAUCUUCUGGAUUCACCACGCCAACGUUGACCGCCUGUUUGCCUUGUGGCAGACCCUCCACCCAAACAUUUACGGUGCUUCCCAGACUGCUCCUCACGCUACCUGGACCAUCGCAUCUGGCUCCACCCAGGACGCGAACUCGCCCCUCAUGCCAUUCCGCAAGGAUGCAAACAACUUCUGGACCACCAACGACGUCAAGGACUGGUCCAACACCUUCAAAUACACCUACCCCGAGUUCGCCGCCAGUGAUGGUAGCCAGGAUGCCAUCAUCAACUACAUCAACAGCUUGUACGGAUCGGACGCCCAUCUUACCGCGAGCGCCGUCUCCAACGACGUCGAGAAGAGCGGCAACAAGGCUUCUUCUUCCUCCUCCACCGAGAGAUCCACUUCGAUUGCUGCCCGCGCGCACGCUCCAACAGCCUUCUACAGCACCUCAGCGAGCACUUCAUCUGCGAGCGACAGCGGCUUUGGCAUUGGUGUGGGAAUCGGUCCAAUCAGCAUGUCUCUCAGCAUUCCAUUUGGAAAUGGGCCAUCCGGAUCUGCUGCAACAUCUGCUCCAUCCAAGACCUACCCGAGCAUGUCCAACGCAUGGAACGGCACUGCUACCCACAAGUCCCCUGCCCCAACCGGUCCCGGCUCCACCGUCGUUGACCCACGUUUCAUCGCACCAAAUGGCAGCACUUACGAAUACCAGUGCCAUGUGCAGACUCCACGCUACGCCUUCAACGGCUCAUACACUGUCUACGUGUUCGAUGGCCAACCAUCCUCCAACGACUCCUCCGCAUGGCUCGGUGACGACAACUGCAUUGGUAUCAUGGGUGUUCUUGCUGGUGGCGCCAUGUCUGGUCACGAUAUUCUUUCUUCUGGAUCCGUGCCAAUCACCCGUCACCUGCAGAAACAGUGCAAGGCUGGCAAGCUUGAGGAUAUGAGCGAGGCGAACGUCACCCCAUACAUGGCCAAGAACCUCAACUGGAAGAUCAUCUACGCUGGCGAGGAGGUUCAUCCCAAUGCGCUUUCGGGCUUCAAGUCCAGCUUCUGGUCUGGUUCAUCCACUCGAGCUGGCAAUGGUCUCCUUCCAUCUUGGUCUGACUUCUUGCCAAACAUCGAUGUCACCAAGGGCAAGGCUGGUGGUGUUCAGCAACUUGCUGAGGCGAUUGGUAACGAAGUUGGAAAUGGUAUUGGCGCUCUGACCAGCGCGAUUGGCGGCAUCCUCCCAGGCGCAACUGGCUAUGGCUCACCAUCCGGAUCAUCGCCAGCCGAGUCACCUGCUGAGUCUAACCCAACAGCGACGCAAGCCUACGGAAGCCCAGCUGUCACGUCUGCACCAUCUUACCCAGCGUCUCCAGAAGAGGAAGGGGAAGAGACUGUGACAGUUUACGUUACGGAGUACGAGACAGUUUGCGCGUGCCAGUCAGCACCUACGAGCGCACCAGCCGCACCUACAUAUUGAGAUUAAGUGUAAUGGCAACCAGAUCCGAUGUGGAUGAAGGGACAUAGAGAAAGCAGUAUUGGGCUAUAUCAAAUCAUGAGGAUGGUUUUGGACAGGAAAUAGCCCAGGUAAUACCCUCAGCGCGGGAAUGACAAUUGCAUAGCGGAUGUCGUUCUUUAUGUUCAGUCUGUGUAUAUCUUAUCUAGAGCAGCUGUUUUAAGAGUCUAGUGUUGUACACAUGAUUCCCGCCCUGC